CAUUCAUUCAAUUCUCUUAAAAGAAUACAAACCAAGCUAGCACAGCAAAUACUUUACUCUCUCUAUAUAUAUUGAAAGUGGGAGCUAAGUCUCAAGAAUUAGUAAGGGCAGUUUGGAACAUAUCAAUCAAUUAACCAAAGUGAGUAGUAAUUGGAGUCAAAAGCUGAGUUUAGCAGCUAUCCAUCAUCAGUUGAAUGAAAAUGUGGGAUAAAGAAGAAGUAGAAGAAGCUGUUUUGGUGGGUGAGGAAAAUCAACAAACAGUUUGUGUGCUUGAUGCCUCCACCUUUGUGGGCUAUUGGAUCUCCAAGAAACUCCUCCUCAAAGGCUACACUGUUCAUGCUGCUGUCCAGAAAAAUGGAGAGAAAGAGAUAAUGAAGAAAAUCAAAGAACUGCAGAGAAGAGUGAAAGAGAGACUGGUGAUAUACAGUGUGGAUGUGUUGAGUUACAGAAGCAUUGUUGAAGCCCUUAGAGGAUGCUCUGGCCUUUUUCUUUCUCUGGAGAAUCCAGAUGGCUAUGAUGAAGUGGUUGGGGAUUUGGAGGUUAGAGGAAUAAUAAAUGUGAUGGAGGCAUGUGCACAAAGUGAGACAAUACACAAAGUGGUGUUCACAUCAUCUUUGACAGCAGCCAUUUGGACUGACAACACCUCCUCCUCUCUCAAGGAUGUGGAUGAAUCCUCUUGGAGCAACACACUCUUCUGCACUCAAAACAAACUAUGGUAUGCCCUUGCAAAGACAAAGUGUGAGCAGGCAGCAUGGGCACUAGCAAUGGACAGAAUGGUGGUGGACAUGGUGUCCAUCAACGCGGGCCUGGUUAUUGGGCCGAGCGUGGCCCAACUGAACCCCGUCCCCACGCUGUCGUACCUCCAAGGCGCAGCGGAGAUGUACGAGAGCGGGCUUUUGGCAUUUGUUCACGUCGGGUUUCUCGCGGACGUUCACGUCCGGGCCUUUGAGGACGCGUCCACCAGCGGGAGGUACUUCUGCUUCGACAGGACCGUUACUCGCGAGGAAGAUGCCCUUAGACUUGCCCAAAUCUUGAGCCCCUUGAUACCCUUACCUGCUCCUGAAAGGUACAAAUGCCAAAGUGGUGAGGUUUAUGGAGAGAGGUUAAGGACCAAGAAACUGAGCAAGCUGGUUGAGGGAUUAACUGCUACUGCUGCCUGUUAAUUAAUUAUUUAAGUAUUAGGAUCCAUAAUUAUUAUGCACACUUUCAAUUAUUACUCCAUUUCUUAUUUACAUCAAUUAUAUAAGUACAAGUAAUCAAGCUUGUUAAAUGUAGUAAAUGAUAAGUCCCACUAUGUAAGAUGAUGAUAAUAAUUAUAGUGAUGAAGAUGGUUAGAAAAAAAUGGAUGGAGGCUUGUCAUUAGAGACGAUAUAUAUAUUGUGUGGGUGCUUUUUUCAUAUAGUUCUAAAAAUAUUAAAAUUGUAUGGGUAAGACAGUAGGGAAUUAAACUAAGAUGGUCAAU